UUUAUUUCUUAGAAGUAAAAUGUUUUGCUCUAUCUAACGUAAAAUUGAGACAGAUAAAAUCUCUGAAAUUGUUCAUGUCCUCUCCUCAUCAACUCUAUCGACCAUUGAUAGGGUAAUAUAAUCUCGGUGAGCGUUCGAGUAUAUAAUGUAUUCUACAGACACAGUCAGCCUCAUUCCUCGCGCAGGAAUACAUCUAGAUAUAACUUCCCGUUACCUGGGUGACCUCGUGUGACCUCUCUUCAGGUGCUACUAUCCUAUCUGAAGAUAUGGUGAGAGGUGAAAUUUUAAUCCUCUUCGGAGUUUGUGUGACCAUUGUGGAAGGAUUCAACCAGUCAGCAUGCCCAAAGCCAUUAAAUAAGGCGCCUGGCACCACCGGAGUCAACCCCGUUCUAGAGCGGUAUGAGUCGGCCCUACUUAUGAUUCUUGGCUUUGGUGGAUUCUCCAUCCUGCUAGCAGUGCUCCAUAAUGCAGUCCGGAAAUACAUAUUCCAUGACGAGCAUAACCUGGAUACUACAUUUGACGCUGGCGGUAACGUCAGUUUGAGUCUGACGGCAGUGACGGUCGCCUCCCAGUUGUUCUGGCCCGGGGAUAUCCUACAUAGUGCCACUCUUACAACAAAGAAUGGAGUUGCUGGCCCAUUUUGGUACGCAGUAGGAAUUAUGGUCAACAUUUUCAUAUUUCCAAUAUUCUCCGUGCAGUUUAAAACUCGGGCACCUGGGGCUAAAACAUAUUUACAGAUCAUCCAUGCUCGCUUUGGAAAGUACGCGCACGUGGUGUUUUGUGUUUUUGCCUUGCUUACAAAUCUGGUGAUUAUGAUUGGGCUGCUGUUAGCGGGAAGGGCAACCAUUAAAUCAUUAACCAAGGACACCUCGGACGAGUUCUCUCUCUUUGUAAUGGCUGUUCUGUUCGGGUCCUAUUCUCUCGUCGGAGGCAUAGGGACGACAUUUUACGUAUCCUAUUUCAAUGCCUGCCUGGUAUUCAUCCUAUUGAUUGUAUUCGUUGUCAAGAUUCUUCAUAAUGACGCAAUCGAGUUUGAUUCCAUUGGCGACGUUUCUAAGAUGUAUGAAUACAUUUCAUGUGUGAAAGGGCCACCAGAAAAUGAGAACUACAGUUAUCUAACAUUUCGCUCUGGGGUAGCUAUCCUAUAUGGUGUUAUCGAGGUUUUUGUAUCUUCAGCGGUCACGUAUUGCGAUCAGGCCUCCUGGCAGAGUCGUAUUGCCGCAAAGCCGACACAGGGAGUCUGGGGCUUCAUUUUGGCGGGUUUCAUUUGGUUUGCCAUCCCUGCCACAAUGGCAACCACCACUGGAAUGGCAUACCUUGCUCUUAGCAUGGAAAACGGGACACAUCUUUUGACACCAGGACAAAUUGAUGAAGGUUUGGUUACACCUCUUAUCGCUGAGAAGGUUUUGGGGUCCUCAGGUGGCAUACUGAUACUUACUAUGGGUGCUAUGGCGCUGAUGUCCACGGGUUCAGGAGAAGUCAUGGCUAUAUCUUCCAUUAUUGUGUAUGACAUCUACCAGACCUACCUCAAGCCCUUCAGGGACGGUAUAAAGAAAAGACAAUGUGUUUUAUGUGGUGAAACUAAGAAACCGACAUUGGUCGCCACUUACGAGAUUAGUAAUGACGCUCACUGUCAGUGUGUCAGUGUCGUUCGCUGUCAUGGCUGCACAGAAGACAUGGUUCGCAGAAAUCAGGUCACAGAGAACUGUAUCCGGCCUCGUUAUCAGUGUCCAAUCCAUGGGCAGUACCGAGAAUACCAGGACAACCUCAUCCACUUCAAAAACUGGUGCAUUGUAUGUGUGACGAUCGCUAUCAUUCCUCUUGGAAUGUUGAUCUUUGAGUCUGGCAUUGAUCUCAACUGGAUCUUCUACGUCGGCGCCAUUGUAACUAUUCCUUGCUUCCCGCCAGUUCUCCUGUCUAUCAUGUGGGUGAAAGCUACGUCAAGAGGACUCAUCACAGGAGGAAUUCUGGGACUGAUAUGUGGUAUUACCGCAACAUUGUCGGCAGCUACUAUGUAUGAGGGAGGCCUGAACAACUUUCUUAUCAACACUGUUCAGGAUCAUGCCAUUUUGGCGGGAACCUGUGCUAGUUUUGGAGGGAGUCUGUUUGGAUGCAUCAUCAGUUCAUUAAUAACAAAUAAAAUCCGGCGUCCUGAAGACGAAAAUGAAGAAUGGCAAAAACUAUACGACAUUGACAAUCCACUGAACCCCUGGGAGCUAAACUAUCGAGAAGAACUAAAAGGUCUUUACUUUGACUCCAAACCCACGUUUGAACAGUUGUCCUCCAAAUUUCGGAAGGCAAAAAUGAUAGCUUAUAUUGGAGGUGGGUGUAGCAUCGUUCUAAUGGCUAUCGUGAUACCGGGGAUCAUCAUGGCCAGCUACUCGGUGAUGAGUGAAGGGCAGUUUUCGGCUUGGGUUGGGUUCACUCAGGCUUGGGCUGUUCUUAUGGCGAUUGUUGUCAUAAUAGCACCGCCUGCUGAAGAAAUAUCUCGAAUAGUCAAGCAGUAUCGCAAAAAUAAAGAGACUGUUAUUGGUGCAAACGAAGCAGUGGACGAUCUUUUAUUAAAAGAAGUUAAUGAUAAAGUAUUUCAAGACCCAAAGCAACCGGUAACGAAAGUUUAAAAGCUGAUAUAAAUGGAAUGUGAGCAAUUUUUAUCUGACAUUCACUUGCAACAAAAGGAUGCUAGUAAACGAUUUUUUUCAAGAUAUUUAACAAUAUAUGCACCAGUGGCGGAUUCAGGAUUUGUCAAACGGGGGUGGGUGGAUGGGUGGGUCUGGGGUCGCUUUAGGGGAACUCCUUGUGGGGGUCCAGGGAUGAAGCCCCAGAUUUGUUAAGCUUAUGUUACUGUUAUGGGUUAUUCUAGCUUCACUUUAUACAUAUUUAGUUACAAAUAGGAGGAAGGGGGCCCGAUCCUCCUCUACAUCGGCCUCUGUAUUCAUGUAAUUGCAUUUUGUAAAUGCAGGAAUCUGAACAUUCUUGCUUAAGAGAUUCGUCCCCAUUCUAUUAUUUGAAAGAUUAUUGGUAUCUAAAGGAAUGUUAGGCCUAGAAAUAGACCAUUGAAAAUUAUGAUUAAGAAAAUAUAUUUUAUGUGUCGCAUGAAUUAGUGAUUAGUUUUAAGAAAUUAUACAUAUAUGUCCUAUUGCUAAAGUCAUUGUUCCCCCAGAUCGUUAAAUACAUGUAAUUCAGAAACAAAUAAAGAAUAUGGAAAAAAAA